GUUUUUUUUUCCUGGUGUAGGCGGGGCUAAUUGUGUGUUAGCUUCGUUUCUUAGCAAUAGAGCAAAGUCCAGAUAUUCAGUGGUCGGCUACAGCGAAACUUGCGCACGAAGAGGAGUAACCGGGCAGUAGAACAUCACGAAACGGCAGAAAUAAGGUAUGGCAGCCAUAAGGAAAAAGCUGGUGAUCGUGGGAGAUGGAGCAUGUGGAAAGACCUGUCUGCUAAUAGUGUUCAGUAAAGAUCAGUUCCCCGAAGUCUACGUGCCCACUGUGUUUGAGAACUACAUUGCUGACAUUGAGGUGGAUGGCAAACAGGUGGAGCUGGCACUGUGGGACACAGCAGGUCAGGAGGACUAUGACCGCUUGAGACCACUUUCCUACCCAGACACAGAUGUCAUCCUUAUGUGCUUCUCCAUCGACAGUCCUGACAGUUUAGAGAAUAUCCCAGAGAAGUGGACACCAGAGGUGAAACACUUUUGCCCCAACGUUCCCAUUAUUUUGGUGGGGAAUAAGAAGGACCUGCGGAAUGAUGAGCACACUCGGAGAGAGCUGGCUAAGAUGAAACAGGAACCUGUUAAACCAGAGGAAGGCCGCGACAUGGCCAACCGUAUUAGUGCCUUCGGUUACCUGGAGUGCUCAGCUAAGACCAAGGAGGGUGUGAGGGAAGUGUUUGAAAUGGCCACAAGGGCAGCGCUGCAGGUCCGGAAGAGGAAGAAGAGGAGUGGCUGCUUGAUCUUGUGAGAAAUUUAUGGAGUCCUGCAGAAGCAUCUGCUGAUGUCUAGAAAUAUAUGGCAUUCAACAGCCCAAGAAAGAACAUCUGAUUUGUAACCAAACAGCAUCUAUGUACUGUACUGUAUAUCGCAUAUGCAUCAAAAGGACCAAGACUGACAGUAAUAUAGGCUGGCACAAGAUAUGCCUCAGUUAUUUAGUUUUAUUUGCCUGUAACACUUGUGUUACAAAGUGAGAUUUGCACCUGAGUAAGAUAUAACUAUGCUGUAUUAUUUCACUCUAAGUGUACAUGUUUAGACACUGCCCUGAUCAUAGCUGUUAUUUCUAGGUGUGGCAUCUGCACUUUUCAUUUGAACUGCUCACAGACUUGUUAUAAUUACUAAUUAACAAAGCAUUGUGCGUUAAUGUAAUGAUGCUUUGUGACAAUUUUUUUGUGGAUUCAAAUGUCAUUUACAGAGUUUAUUCGAGCUUUUCUGAAAUGUUAAUUGAUGGGUAUGUAGGUCAACUACAAAUUUAAAUAACAUUAAGUGGUUGGUGUUAUUAUAGCGUGUGACAUUGGUAUAACCCAGUCAGACAGGCAGGUACAAAUGCACAACUUCACAUCGUGGUGCCGCUGACAUGUCUACACUGGAUAUAUACUAUACCAUAGAUGCUGCUCUGAUCUGUGUUUCAGUAGCUGAGAGAUUGUAUUCUAUUGUACUCAGAUCAGUAUGCAAAGAGGUAGUGUGUAACCAGUCAAACAAACAGGAGAACCCAAAGACUGCCAUACGUGUACCAUUAGAUUAAAGAGUCUCACUAUGCACACUUUGAACAUUCACAGCAUCAGUAUAGCAUCCAAACCUAUAUGCAUAAGAUAAACAGUUUUUCUGUUUGUUUUAAGAGUGCGCCUUACACACGUCUACACACUUCUUACUGACCUCUGUGCCUUCAGUUGCUUUUUGAGUCCGCCAUUUUCACCGUACGUAAAGCACUGAACGUAUUAUUGGAAGCGGUGUUCUAUUAUUAGAAGUGGUGUUAUAACCUAUAGUCUUGCAUGCCAGUCACAUUAGUAUCGGUCUGAAACCUCUGUACUGUCAUCUGGUUUGGGUUUUUUUUUUUUUUUUCCUCCUCACUUGCAAGGAUGAUGUGCACAUACAGCUUUUACUAAAAUCCCAUAUCGAUAGUUUACAUUACUGCCCCUUUCAGGUGCUGAGUGAUUAAAAAUCAGUCAAACUUGCACAGCACUGUCUCAAUGCUAAAGAUUGUACUCACUGCUGUUUGUUUUCCUACACUCUUACUUCAGUAACCUCUAUGUACUGUAUAGGAAAUACUCAAAGUAACACAUUUAUUAAGUAAAAAUAGGAAAUGGCUCUUAAUUUGUAGUAUCUAGAUCUAGGUGGCUAAAGAAUGCAAGAUGUACAACCAAGUACACAGAUAUAAUGUGUGGUAAUGUUCUGAAUUUAGAACUUAAGACAGAACAAUGUCUUGCUCAGUAGUUAAAAGACACCAUAUAUUUAAUAUAGCACACAUAAUAAAGGAGCACAAUAUCUACA